AAGCAGGAGGAGCGGCUCCGGGACGCGAGCCUCGACGACUGGCUCCCCAUCACCUCCUCCCGCACCGCCAAGUGGUACUACUCGGCCUUCCACAACGUGACGGCGAUGGUGGGCGCCGGCGUGCUGGGCCUGCCCUUCGCCAUGUCGCAGCUCGGGUGGGGCGCCGGGACGGUGGCCAUCGUCGGCUCCUUCGGCGUCACGGUCUACACGCUGUGGCAGAUGGUGGAGAUGCACGAGAUGGUGCCCGGGAAGCGCUUCGACCGGUACCACGAGCUCGGGCAGCACGCCUUCGGGGAGCGCCUCGGGCUCUGGAUCAUCGUCCCGCAGCAGCUCAUCGUCGAGGUCGGCACCGACGUCGUCUACAUGGUCACCGGCGGGCAGUCGCUCAAGAAGGUGCACGACCUCCUCUGCAACGGCCGGUGCAAGGACAUCCGCCUCGCCUUCUGGAUCAUGAUCUUCGCCGCCGUCCAGCUCCCGCUCUCGCAGUUCCCCAACUUCAACUCCAUCUCCGCUGUCUCCGCCGCCGCCGCCGUCAUGUCGCUUACCUACUCCAUGAUCGCCUUCUUCGCCUCCGCGGCCAAGGGCGCCCACGCCGCUGCCGCCGCCGACUACGCGCUCAGGGCGCCCACCACGGCGGGCAAGGUGUUCGGCGUGCUCAACGCGCUGGGCGCCAUCGCGUUCGCCUACGCCGGCCACAACGUGGUGCUGGAGAUCCAGGCCACCAUCCCGUCCACCCCGGAGCAGCCGUCCAAGAAGCCCAUGUGGCGCGGGGUGGUGGUGGCCUACGCCAUCGUCGCGCUCUGCUACUUCGCCGUCGCCUUCGCCGGCUACUACGCCUUCGGUAACUCGGUGGACCCCAACGUGCUCAUCAGCCUGGAGAAGCCGCGGUGGCUCGUCGCGGCGGCCAACCUCAUGGUGGCCGUCCACGUCGUCGGCAGCUACCAGGUGUUCGCCAUGCCGGUGUUCGACAUGAUGGAGACGGUGCUGGUGAAGAAGCUCCGGUUCGCCCCGAGCCUCGGGCUCCGGCUCGUCGCACGCUCCGCCUACGUCCUGGCCACCAUGUUCGUCGGCAUGACCUUCCCCUUCUUCGACGGCCUGCUGGGGUUCUUCGGCGGGUUCGGCUUCGCGCCCACCACCUACUUCAUCCCCUGCAUCAUCUGGAUGAUGCUCAAGAAGCCCAAGAAGUACGGCCUGACGUGGUUCGUCAACGUCUUCUGCAUCGUGAUCGGGGUGCUCCUGACGCUCGCCUCCCCGGUUGGAGGCAUGCGGCAGAUCAUCCAUGACGUCAAGAGCUUCAAGUUCUACUCUUAG